CAAAAGUGAUGUUGUGUCCGAAGCGGUCAAUGACCUGCCGGACAGUCUAAAAGGCUUCAAGGUCAUCUAAGAAAAGCCCGCUAGUUCGACGUUCAUCGACAGUGCCUACCAUCGAAAAAGAAACAAAAUAUCACUGUUACUUUUCAAACGCUGUCGCCGACGACAAUAUGACCCUCCCACCUGAGCUCGCGAAGCCAAUCGAUUGUCUCAUGAUAGACAAUUUCGACUCCUUCACAUGGAAUCUCUAUCAGCAGCUCUGUCUACUUGGCGCGAACGUCACCGUCAUUCGCAACGAUGAUAUCCCAUCGUCUGCCCUUCCCGAGCUGAACAUCAGGAACCUCAUCGUCUCACCGGGGCCAGGCCACCCCCACACGGAUUCCGGUAUUUCACGGGAUGCCAUUCGCCACUUUGCUGGCAAAGUGCCCGUACUGGGCGUGUGUAUGGGGUUGGAGUGUAUCGUAGACGUGUAUGGCGGCGAGAUCAGGUACGCCGGAGAAAUAAAGCAUGGAAAGCUCAGUCCUAUUCGACACGACGAGCGUGGUAUAUUCCGAGACAUCUCUCAGGGUAUCCUUUCCACUCGCUACCACUCACUCAGUGCCUCCCUUGCCACCCUCCCAUCUGAGCUCAUGGUCACAUGUGCAUCAGAGGAAAGUGGCGUAAUUAUGGGUGUACGACACCGCACCUUUACCGUCGAGGCCGUCCAAUACCACCCCGAAAGUAUUCUAUCCCAGUCCGGAGACACGCUCUUGCGCAAUUUCCUUGCUCUCCAUGGGGGUACUUGGACUGAGAACCCUGACUCACGCGUCCUCGAUCCAUCUCUUCCCCCUUUCCCAUUCGAGGCCCUCAAGGGUAAGGUGGACGAUACGCCCGUUACACGCGCUAAAGUAUCUAGUAUCCUCGGAAAAAUUUAUAAACAGCGCACCCAAGAUGUUUCCCGUGCUAAAUUUACACCUGGCAUGUCCCCUUCCGAUAUCUCAGCUCUCUUGGCCAUGCACGUCGCCCCUCCCCUCGUUUCCCUCGUCUCCCGUCUUCGCGCCCGCAGGCCAGCCCUCAUGGCUGAAAUUAAGCGUGCAAGCCCCUCCAAGGGUGAUAUUGCACCCUCUGCCAAUGCGGCUCUCCAAGCUCGGACAUACGCCUUAUCGGGCGCGUCCGUUAUAUCCGUACUCACAGAACCCACGUGGUUUAAAGGGUCUCUCCUCGACAUGCGUCUAGCCCGCCAGGCUAUUGACAAUUUGCCACAUCGUCCUGCUAUCCUUCGCAAGGAUUUCAUACUGGACGAGUAUCAGAUCGCAGAAGCGAGGCUUCAUGGUGCAGACACGGUGCUACUUAUCGUGGCGAUGCUCGCCUCAGAAAGGCUUAGGGAGCUUUACGCUUAUUCGCUGUCACUUGGAAUGGAACCCCUGGUGGAGGUUAACAACGCUCAGGAGAUGACACUCGCCCUCGAACUCGGUGCAAAGGUGAUCGGCGUGAACAAUCGCAACUUGCACGACUUUGCAGUGGACAUGGGUACAACGAGUCGACUAGCAGAUAUGGUGAAGGAGCAGGAUGUCAUCCUGUGUGCUUUGAGCGGCAUAACCUCUCCUGGGCACGUCAAGCAGUAUGCCGAGCAGGGUGUCACUGCGGUCUUGGUCGGCGAGGCCCUCAUGCGUGCCAAGGAUACAAAGGCAUUCAUACACGAGCUGCUCGAUUGGCCUGCUCAAGAUGCAAGCAAUGAGCCACGUGUUCCGCUUGUCAAGAUUUGUGGUGUGAGGGAUGUAGAUGAGGCGAAGGCGGUGGCGCAUGCGGGUGCAGACUUGAUCGGGGUCAUGUUUGCGCCUGGCAGUAAGCGACGAGUAUCGAUCGAUACGGCACGCGAUAUCGCCAAGGCAAUUCGUACCCUCCGAUUUGAUGCAAAUGCAGAAGGGAAGGGUGCGGACGAGCCCGCUCCCCGAACGAAUGGACAAGAACAAUCUUUCACAGAUGUGAAUGAAAGCUGGUUCGCAGGGCAUGCGCGUCAGCUGUCAGCAAGUGCCGAUCGCCCACUCGUAGUCGGCGUGUUCCAGAACCACACACUGGAAGAGAUUCUCUCGAUCGUUUCAUCAGUCCAACUGGAUCUCGUUCAGCUGCAUGGAAAGGAACCUUUGGAAUGGAGCAAGCACAUUCCAGUACCUGUGAUCCGGGCUUUCCAUGUCAGCGCGAACGGCGGUGGACUUGAGGAUCUAACGAGGCCUGGGUUGCACCAAUUCGUACUAUUGGAUUCGCAGAGGGCAAGCGAUGGCCUGAGUGGCGGAAGCGGGAAAUUGGUCGAUUGGGAUCUGGCAGCCGACGUGGUCAAAAGAGGAGAGCUCUUAAGUGCCGGAGAACCCGCCGUCGGUGACAAGACCAAGCAGGACGGUGUGCGAUUGGAAAGCGCGAGCAGCAGUGAUGGCGAAACAUUCGGCUCGAAAUCCGGCAUGCCGAUCAUCCUCGCGGGUGGCCUUAAGCCAGACAACGUUGCGAGCGCUGUGGAGAAGGUUCGACCCUGGGCGGUGGAUGUAAGCGGUGGGGUGGAGACCUCCGAUGGAAAACGCAAAGAUUUGUCGAAGGUCUCGGCCUUUAUUCAAGCUGUAAAGGAAGUUCAUUUGUUGUAGGCCGCUGGUCGCCGUGGUUCUGUAUAGAUUUGGGCGCAACGUUACAUAGGAAAGGAUGUCAUCCUGAAACCUCUUGUGCGGUCUAUGAAGAUGGGAUAAUGUUCAUUGGUAAUUUAAAGAACGUGACCUACUACCCUCCUAGUCCGCUUGCGUCUCGUAGUGAUUCUACGCAGCCCAGACGGUGCCUACUGCAGUGUAUUUUAUACACCUAAUGAACACCAGAUCAUUUGAAAGUUAGUAGCUGUACCGCUCCAGU